AUGGCGUGCAACCUUAACAGUGCGGUGCUCUCUGCUGCUAUAUUUGUCACACUGAUAGGCUUGCUUGUGUACCUGCACUUCGUGAAAAUUGACCAGGAGUCUCUGCUUAUUGUUGGCUCACUUGGAAUACAGAUGACUUCAUCCUAUGCAUCUGGCAAAGAAAGUACAACCUUUAUAGAGAUAAGCCAGGUCAAAGAUGUGGUCAUCAAUGAAGCCAUCUAUAUGCAAAAGGUUAUCUAUUACCUGUGCAUCCUUCUCCAAGACCCCGUGGGAACCUCAUGUUGUUCAGAGGUAGUACCAUUGUUCCAGGUGAGUCCAUCAAAGUGCACAGGAGUGUUAGAAAUGGUAGAAAAUAUUUGUUAGGCCAUGUAGACUCUUGACUGUGGCCUCUUAUUUUCAGAACUCUGCAGUGCUACACAACA